GGCAGGAAGAGAUUUCAUUGCGCAUGCUCUUUCUUUUCCAGCCGUGGACCUGAGAGUGCCGCCACGAUGUUGAUGCCUAAAAAAAAUCGUAUUGCAAUCUAUGAACUCCUUUUUAAGGAGGGUGUGAUGGUAGCCAAGAAGGAUGUCCACAUGCCUAAGCAUCCAGAAUUGGCAGACAAAAAUGUGCCCAACCUCCAUGUUAUGAAAGCAAUGCAGUCCCUGAAAUCUCGCGGCUAUGUGAAAGAACAGUUUGCCUGGAGGCAUUUCUACUGGUAUUUGACCAAUGAGGGCAUCCAGUACCUUCGGGACUAUCUCCACCUACCACCUGAAAUUGUGCCUGCCACUUUGCGCCGCAGCCGUCCUGAAACUGGCAGACCCCGGCCCAAAGGAUUGGAGGGUGAACGUCCUGCUCGUCUUACACGAGGAGAAGCUGAUAGGGAUACCUACAGACGAAGUGCAGCUCCUCCUGGUGCAGACAAAAAGGCAGAAGCUGGUGCUGGGUCAGCUACUGAAUUUCAGUUUAGAGGUGGAUUUGGACGUGGACGUGGUCAGCCCCCUCAGUAGAAAACUGUUGCUGUUUGGUUGCAUCUUGUGUAUAAUAAAUAGGUGAAAAAAAUCA